CGGGCGGAGCCGAGCGCCGCGGGAUGGAGCCGGCGGCCGAGUCCGGGCCGGCCCGGGCGGGCUAUGAGCGUCUCACUGCCGAUGAGAUGGAUGAGCAGAGGAGACAGAAUGUCGCCUAUCAAUAUCUCUGUCGCUUAGAGGAAGCGAAACGAUGGAUGGAGGCUUGUUUGAAUGAGGAGCUGGCCUCCCCUACGGAGCUGGAGGAGAGCUUACGGAACGGGGUCAUCCUCGCCAAGCUGGGACACUGCUUUGCACCAGACGUUGUCCCACUGAAAAAAAUUUAUGACCGUGAGCAGAUGCGCUACAAGGCAACUGGACUUCAUUUUCGACACACGGAUAAUAUCAACCACUGGCGUGACGCCAUGACUCGCCUGGGUCUUCCUACGAUCUUUCACCCAGAGACAACGGACAUCUAUGACAAGAAGAACAUGCCACGGGUGGUCUAUUGCAUUCAUGCUUUGAGUUUAUACUUGUUUAAGCUGGGGCUGGCUCCGCAGAUCCAGGAUUUAUACGGGAAAGUGAACUUUACAGAGGAGGAAAUUAACAACAUGAAGCGGGAGCUGGAGAAAUACGGCCUCCAGAUGCCAGCCUUCAGCAAGAUCGGUGGGAUUCUCGCCAGCGAGCUCUCAGUGGAUGAAGCAGCAGUCCACGCCGCCGUCCUCGCCAUCAACGAAGCUGUGGAGAGGGGGGUGGUGGAGGAGACCAUGGUGGCCCUGCGCAAUCCCAGCGCCGUGCUGCUCAACUUGCGAGAGAACCUUGCUGCCGUCUACCAGGAGAUGCUGUACCAGGUGAAGAUGGAGAAAGCUGGCAAUGCCAGGAACCGGUACCUGCAGGAGAGCCUGGAAAGUGAGGAUAUUUACGACCGGUGUCUGACUCAGGCUGAAAUACAAGGGAACAUCAACAAAGUCAACGUGCACGGAGCGCUGGAAUACGUGGACGAUGCUCUGGAGAGGCAGGACCCUCCAGCCUUGUGCCAGGCCCUGCAGGAUCCUGUGCUGGCCCUGCGUGGUGUGCAGCGGGAGAACGCAGCCUGGUACUUGGAUCAGCUGAGUACAGAUCGGGAGCAGAAAGCACUGGAGCUGGGCUACGUGGACCUGCUGGAGCAGGAGGAGGUGCAGGCGGGGGUCUACGCAGCCAAUGAGAAGGGAGAUCGGGAGCAUGCCAGGAGGCAGGCCGUGAGCCGCAUCAACGCUUCGAUCCGCCGGGGGGAGGCGACGGAGACGGCGCGAGAAUUGAUGAGCCCCGAGGCCCAGCUGCCCGAGGCCUUUCCCUUUGCCGCCCAGCUGUACCAGCGCGAGCUGUCCCUGCUACAGCGGCAGCAUCCGCAGGGUGAGUUGGGGCAGGAGGAACUGUACGUUGCUGUGGAGAUGCUCUCGGCCGUGGCGCUGAUCAACCGGGUGCUGGAAGCUGGGGAUGUCUAUGGAUUCUGGAGUAGCCUGGUCAGCCCUGCCCUGGGUCUGUCUGAUAUCGAGGAUGCAAACGUGCAGCGCUAUUUUGAUGACUUGUUGAAACUGAAGUGCCGAUCUGGGAAAGCCGGGGUUGCGUUCCUGAACUGGAAUGACAUCCAGGCCUGCGUGAACAGCGCCAACUCGGCAGUGCGAGAAGAAAACGAUCAGAUCCUCGCCAUCAGACUGAUCAACGAGGCACUGGUGCAGAACGACCCGGAGAAGACGCUUACUGCUCUGCUGUUGCCCUCUGCAGGGCUCUCUGCCGUGACUCUCCCGGGGGCAAGGCGUUACCACGAUGUGCUGACCACCGCGCUAAGGCAGAAAGCCCAGGUGACCGGGGAUGAUGGAGCAGCUCUCUGGUGGGAGGAGAUCCAGCAAGGGGUUUCCCAGGCCAAUCAGGACACCGAGGCAGCUAAGAGAAUGGCUCUAGGUAUUGCUGCCAUCAACCAGGCCAUAAAAGAAGGGAAGCCGGCUCAGACGGUACGCGUGCUGCGGAACCCGGACGUCUCCCUGCAUGGCAUUGUGGCAGAAUGUGCAGGGGCCUACCAGGCCCUGCUCGCCACCCUCCUGGCUGCCAAGAGACAAGCAGGGAACGCUAAGCACCACUGGGUCCGACACCAGCUGAAAGAUGGCAGUGUGUAUUACUUCAGCUUGCAGAGCUUCGAAGGCAGCUGGGAGCAGCCGCGUGACUGUGUCCUUAACUCCAUCCACCUCAGCUGGGAGGAAAUCCAGUCGACGAUCACGGGCGUGACCGUGGCCCACGACCGGGAACGCCUCUGGGAAUCCAACGCUGGAUUCGUCGUGAGGCUGCAGGCCCGCAUGAGGGGCUACCUUGUCCGCCAGGAACUCGUGGCCCGCAGACAUCUGUUGCAGGAGCAGUUACCAGCUGUUAUCAAAAUCCAAUCAUGCUGGAGAGGAUACAGACAGCGCAGUGCUUACCUGCAAAGAUUACGGUACUUGCAAAAAACCAGAGAUGCUGUGAUAAAGAUCCAGGCCUAUGUGAGGAUGUGGCGAGCUCGUAAAAGGUACCGGGAACGGCUGCGCUACUUCAGGAAGAACAUUAAUGCUGUAAUUAAAAUCCAGGCUUUUGUGAGAGCUAACAAGGCCCGUGGGGAUUACAGGAUGUUGGUCCACGCCAGGGACCCGCCACUGAGCAUUGUCCGGCGCUUCGCCCACCUGCUGGAGCAGAGCCAGCAUGACUUCUGGGAGGAGUCGGAGCUGCUGAAGCUGCGGGAGGAGGUGGUGAAGAGGAUCCGCUCCAACCAGCAGCUGGAGAGCGACCUCAACCUCAUGGACAUCAAGAUCGGGCUUCUGGUUAAGAACAGGAUCACGCUGCAGGAGGUGGUUUCCCACUGCAAGAAGCUAACGAAGAAGAACAAAGAGCAGCUGUCGAACCUGAUGGCCAUCGACAAACAGAAGGGCCUCAAGUCGCUCAGCAAGGAGAAGCGCCAGAAGCUGGAGGCCUAUCAGCACCUCUUCUACCUGCUGCAGACCCACCCUGUGUACCUGGCUAAGCUGAUUUUCCAGAUGCCCCAGAACAAAUCGACCAAGUUCAUGGAAUCGGUGGUCUUCACGCUUUACAACUACGCGUCCAAUCCCCGAGAGGCCUACCUGCUCCUUCAGCUCUUCAAAACCGCCCUGCAGGAGGAGAUCAGGUCCAAAGUCGACCAGCUCCGCGACAUCCUAACGGGGAACCCCACUGUGAUCCGGCUGGUGGUGAGCUUUUACCGGAAUGCCCGCGGGCAGAACGCCUUGCGCCAGAUCCUGGGCGGCCCCGUACAGGAGGUUCUGCAGGACAAAACCCUCAGCAUCCGCACCAACCCCGUGGACAUCUACAAGGCCUGGAUCAACCAGAUGGAGUCUCAGAGCGGACAAAAGAGCAAGCUCCCAUAUGAUGUUAGCCCCGACCAGGCCCUGAGCCACCCCGAGGUUCAGCGUCGCCUGGACAUCUCUAUCCGCAACCUCCUGGCAGUGACAGACAAGUUCCUCUCUGCCAUCACCUCUUCCGUGGACAAAAUUCCCUACGGGAUGCGCUACGUGGCCAAAGUCCUGAAGACAUCCCUGGCUGAGAAAUUCCCAGACGCCGGUGAGGAGGAGAUCUGCAAGAUUGUCGGGAACCUGCUUUAUUACCGGUUCAUGAACCCGGCCGUGGUGGCACCGGACGGCUUUGAUAUCGUGGAUAUCUCUGCUGGCGUGGCCCUGCACCCUGAGCACCGGCGCAACCUGGGCUCCAUUGCCAAGAUCCUGCAGCACGCGGCGGCCAAUAAGAUGUUCGAGGGGGAAAACAGCCACCUGCGGGUGGUGAACCAGUACCUGGAAGAAACCCACUCUAAGUUCAGGAAGUUCAUCAGUGCUGCCUGUUCCGUCCCUGAGCCGGAAGAAAGGUUUAAUGUGGAUGAGUACUCGGAGAUGGUAGCUGUGGCCAAGCCGGUCAUCUACAUCACGGCAGUGGAACUCAUUAACACCCACAAGCUGUUACUAGAGCAUCAGGACUCCAUUUCGCCCGAUCACAAGGACCCUUUGCAUGAGCUUCUGGAAGACCUUGAUGAGCUGCCUACUGUCCAGUCUCUGAUAGGUGAGAGCCCUCCGAACCCAGGUGACGGCAGCCCCGAGCGAGCGCUGGCCCAGCUUGGCAAGCUGGAGGUCUCGCUCACCCUCGCCAACAAGUUUGAUGCGGUGGAGGCCAGUAGCGAGGAGGCAGAUACAAGGAGCUUGCUGCUGAGCACCAAACAGAUGCUAGUGGACGUGAUCCAGGCCCAGCUGGGGGAUUCCCUCUUGGAGAUCUUACAGACAGCUGCAUCAGAGGAUCAGGAAGCCUUCCAUCACCACCAGAUGCGCCGGCGGGCCCUGCGUGAGGCCCAGACCCCAGACAGGUUGAAACGCAACCGUUCCCUGGCUAGCAACAGCCAGCUCUCUAUGGAAGAGAAGAAGCGGAAGGUCAUCCGGAACCUGCGGCGCUUGGAGAGCCUGGGGGUGGUGGAUUCGGCCAAUCAGUACCAGGAGAUCAUCAACGAGAUGGCCAAGGAUAUUCGCAAUCAGAGGCGUUACCGGCAGCACCGCAAGGGGGAGCUAGUGAAACUGCGGCAGACCCUCCACGGCCUCAACUCCAAGACCUCGUUUUAUGAGGAGCAAAUCGACUAUUACAAUCAGUACAUCCGGACAUGUCUGGACAACCUGGCUGCCAGCAGCAAGCUCAAUGGGAAGAGCAAGAAGCAGCAGUCGCUGCAUUACACGGCGGCACGGCUCUUUGAGAAGGGCGUAUUGCUUGAGAUAGAAGACCUGCCUGUCGGCCAGUUCCGGAAUGUGAUUUUCGACAUCGUUCCGUGCGGGGAAGCCGGCAAGUUCCAGGUGAAGGCCAGAUUUAUGGGGAUCGACAUGGAGAAGUUCCAGCUUCACUAUCAGGACCUGCUGCAGCUGCAGUACGAAGGUGUGGCCGUCAUGAAGCUGUUCGACAAGGCCAAAGUCAACGUCAACCUGCUCAUUUUUCUCCUCAACAAGAAGUUCUUCAGGAAGUAGCUGGGGGGGGAAUGGGAUGAGGGGGGAGGGGGAGGGA